GCAGUGCGCUUGCGCAGUCGCUUCCCCACACAUGCUGGCAUUGUUGCUGCUGCUGCUGCUAGUAGAGGAGGCUGACCUGUAUGGUGUCUUGCGCGCGCGGUCGGAUUUUGUUUGACAGCAUACCUACAGCAUUCCCAUAAAACAUGGAUGAAUUGCAGGAUGUCCAGUUGACAGAGAUCAAGCCCCUUCUGAAUGAUAAGAAUUCAGCUGGGAACUUCCAAGACUUUGAUUGUCAGGAGCAUGAUAUUGAGACAGCCUAUGGUGUGGUUCAUGUCACUAUGAGGGGGUCAUCGAAGGGGAACAGACCCAUCAUCCUCACAUACCAUGAUAUUGGCCUCAACCAUAAAUCCUGUUUCAACACUUUCUUCAACUUUGAAGACAUGCAGGAGAUCACACAACACUUUUCUGUAUGCCAUGUUGAUGCACCAGGACAACAAGAAGGAGCUCCUCCUUUCCCGUCUGGAUACCAGUACCCCACCAUUGAUGAACUUGCUGAAAUGCUCCCAGCUGUUCUUACACAUUUGAGCCUGAAAAACAUAAUAGGUAUCGGAGUUGGAGCUGGGGCUUAUAUCCUCAGCAGAUUUGCUUUGAAUCACCCUGACUUGGUUGAAGGCCUUGUGCUUAUUAAUGUUGACCCAUGUGCAAAAGGCUGGAUUGACUGGGCAGCAUCAAAGUUUUCUGGAUGGACAACCAACCUUGUAGAUAUUGUUCUGGCUCACCAUUUUGGUCAUGAAGAACUACAAGCUAAUCUGGAGCUGAUCCAAACAUACAGACAUCAUAUUGCACAGGACAUCAAUCAAGAAAAUCUUCAUCUCUUCGUCACCUCUUAUAACAGCCGCAGAGAUCUAGACAUUGAGAGACCAGUCCUGGGCACAAAUACAGAGGCCGGAAAAACACUCAAGUGCCCUGUCUUAUUGGUGGUUGGGGACAGCUCACCUGCAGUUGAAGCUGUGGUUGAAUGCAAUUCAAGACUGGAUCCAAUGAAUACAACACUCCUGAAGAUGGCCGACUGUGGAGGCCUGCCACAGGUGGUCCAGCCUGGGAAAUUGACUGAAGCAUUCAAGUACUUUGUCCAAGGGAUGGGCUAUAUCCCUUAUGUGCAACUCAGUCACCUGAACACUGAGUCAGUGCCCUCUGCUAGCAUGACCAGGCUGAUCCGUUCCCGGACCCAUUCAUCUUCAAGUGUAGGUUCCGGGGAAAGCAGCCAAACACGGUCUCAGAGCAGCAACCCAGGAGAAGCAAAACAUGGAAUACCUGAGGCCGCCGAUGUCCGUGGAACUCCUCAGACCAUGGAAGUAUCCUGCUAAGCAACCCUGUACAUUCAGACAGUCCCUUUUCUCCUUUGCUGAACCCACCUAGAAAUCAUUAUUUGACCAGACAAGUGGCAUUAGUAGGUCUUUUUCUCCUCACUUGUGCCUGCCUGGUCCUACCUUCUGUCUUUCUGCCUCUCUGUCACUGGCAUUCCUUUUGGUUCUUCUGUAUGGGCUUACAUAAGCACAGGCUGCAUACAGACAUUCUUGAUGAGGAGUUGGAGUGGUUUUGCUGCAGGGUGAGCUCUGCUUUCUUCCCUUCCCCGCCCACCUUUGCUCUUAUACUGACACAUGUACAGACUCUGGACCAGGCUGUGUUGCUUUUAUUCCUCUCCCACUGCAUUCUUUUCGCCUUCAUGUUUUUCAGCUUGAAACAUUUUCAGUUCCUUAGAAAGCUUUCGCCCUGCUUUUCUGUUUGUAUAUUACUCUUUGAAACAUGUUCUUUAAAAGACACAAGGGUUCCAGACUGAUCAUUAAGGCCUACCUAAACAGUGCUGUACAGAGCCCUGCUCUGAAAAUGGAAAGGAAGGUACCUUCAUGAAUGGCAGAAGGGCUGGCUAAACAAUGCUGCGCAAAUCCAGGUUUGCAUCACAUUAGAAAAGCAAGUUAUCUCCCUCUUAGCACCACACAUGGGAGAAAAUAAUACUUGCAUUGCAAAUUCCACUUUGGGCUCAUCACUAUACUGUAAUCAUGUAACUCUCUACAAAUCUAUUAACUGCUAACAUUCCAUUGGUGCUGGUGGAGAAAGUUACUGUAUAUGAAGGUAUCCCAUCCCUUGCCUGGCUUUCUGUGCUAUAAAACCUUAUGACUAUGCUGGAUCUUCCUUGUCUUUUAAAAUUUUCCGAAUCACAAUUUCAGUGACUCGUGCAAUUAAAACUGCUUUCUAGUUGUUAAGGUUUGUUAGAGCUGCUGGCUGCAGUCUUUUACUGCAUCUUGGGAAGGAAAGGUGAAGUAAAGAGAAGUCAGAAAUUUCAAAA